GCAAGCAAGGAGACCAGUUCCGUAGGUAAGUGAGAGGAUCCGAGUGUCGGCUCCGCGGGAGUGUGUUGCAGUGCCGUUGCAGUUGCAGUGCCACUUGCACAGCCACAGUCGCGCGCCUUGUGUGACGUUGAACUCCCAUCAAACGCUCGUGGCGAAGGGAUAUUGUCCAGGCACCGAGAAGCCGUAGCGAGACCGACAGUUUAUACUUUCCUUUAUUCUUUUCUGCAUCCUGUGCCUUCGACCGUCGUGAGAAAAAGAUCGAUUGUCGUGAAUUUGGAAGAAAAAGAAGACAGAAAAGAGAGUCCCGCGUAUGGACUGAAACAGAAUUGUGUUUAAAUAAUUGCCUCCCAACGCGACGGCUGUUCCAGCGUGCGUACGGGGGACUCAUGGCCGCCAGGGUUGCUGCGCCGUGGCCCACGUGGCUCCAGGCACUGCCCUCCCAACGCUGACCCCAACACCCGUUCUUUCAGCCGAACGCCUCUGACGGCGACAAGCACAAGCACACACUCGGGGCUCGGACUGGGGCCGGGUUAAGGUCAGCCAACCACGCCCUCAAUCGCGGCACCCGUCGCUUCUCUCGCGCCCAUCGCCACCAGCGCCCUCUGUUGGACACAACAGGAACUGCACUGACGCUGCCGCCCACCUGUUGGCGUGCUCGUACACAGGUGUGCCGAAACGUGUGCUGAGUAAUAGGGCGCGGAGGGGCGGGGGAACGGGCAGGGGGGAGAGGCGGCCAGCAGGACAGGCUGUGCCGGGCGGGCGAAGGGAGGGUGCCUGUUGCUCUCGCUGCGCUGUCGGAUUGCCACAGCUGUCGCAGCGCCGUUCCCAGCAACACCGCUGAAAAAGCGCCACCGCUUCGGGAUCGCUGAUCGCUGAUCGCUGAUAGUUCCUGUGCUUUUGCCUCUCCCGCCCCCCUCCCCCCCGCUCUUCCCAGCUUCCAAACGGGGAAAAAAGUUCGCGUGUGAGCCCAGCAGGAGCACCCGGGCGGAGGGCCAGCUGGUUCGCCCCCGCGGCCGCCAGGCAUGACCCUCAGGAGAAGCACUCGAGCGGUGCCUGGGGUGUGCCUUCCCCCUGUGCCUUCCGCCGGCGGGUGCCAGUGCCGUGCUUCGUGAUGCGCGGUGGUGCCAGCGCGGGGCAGCGUGCCUGGCGUGACUCUGACACGUGGCCCGGGGCUCGGCGUGCGCGAAGUAGUGACGGCGUGAAAUAAGAAAGAUUAAAGAUAAUAAGAAUAAGAAUAAGAAUAAGAAUAAGAAUAAGAAAUUAAGGGGGACCAGCGACGACCACAAUGUUCCAGCAGUUUUUGUACCAUCAUCCACGCGCUGUCUCUCCCUCAGCGCUCCUGUUCCCAGCGGUGAACUCCCGGCGGCGGUUCCUGAUCCACAACACCGUCCAGGAGUACUUCCCCGGCCUGACCACCGUCAGCGUGGGCCACGGGGAGCAGCGCCGCACCGUCGUCACCUUCAGGAACUCGGCGGAGGACGCGCAGGAAGCAGCCCAGCACCGGCCGUCGAAGCAGAAGCAAGAGGAACAAAAGGAAGAAGAAAUAGGAGAAGGAGGAGGGAGAGGAGGAAGGGGAGGAGGAGGACGACGUAGAGAAGCAGCAGCAGGAGCCGCAGGAGCAGGAUCGACAGGAGGCGGUCCCGAAGAGAGACUCCCGAAGAACGAGGACCGGAGGGACGACGCCACCACGAAGGCCGCCAAGCUCCAGCACCACCAGCAGUGCCCGCAGCAGAAACAAGCGCCGCCGGCCCAGCAGCAACAGCAGCAACACAGUCGGGGAUCACAGCAGCACAAGGGCCCCCAGCAGCAGGCUGAGCAGAGGCAGCAGCAGCAGAGGAAGGGGUCGCAGCAUCAGCUCAAUAACGUAGGACCACAACAGCAACAACAAAAGCAACAGUUACAAGAACAGCAACAACAGCAGCAACAGACUUCAGGUAAACAAAGACAGCGAUCGAGGAAAGCCCGCAGUCGCAGUUGUCACUCCGAGCCAAGGAACGGCGGUCGCCAGCGCCAACAACAGCAACAACAACAACAACAGCAACAGCAUCAUCAACAACAGCAUCAACAACAGCAGCAUCAACAGCAACAGAAGCAGCAGCAUCAGGGGAACAACGGCGGAGGCGGCGGCCCGAAGCAUGACGAGCGGCAGGUGAGAGAGGACACGCCGCCAGAGGACUCGCAGAGCAAGAAGCGGCGAAACCGAAGGAACAGGAAGCAGCGCGAGAGGCAGGAGCAGCUGCAGCAGCAGACCCAGCCUCAGCAGGCGGAGCAUGUGAACGGGAGACACGAGGACGAAGACGAGAGGGACAACCCAGUGCCAUACCGCGCCGGCCAUAACCACCACAGGGGUGGAAAUCAUGCCUUUGAGCGCAGGGGAGCAGCCCCAGUGAGAGCGAGCGGAGGAGAGUCCGAGUGGGACUUGUGUGCCCGGGGAGUCGAGGGCCAUGUGAGUGAAAGCGGUGGGAAAGCAAACCGAGUGAAAACUGAGAGUGAGAGCGAUAAAGCGAGGAAUAGCAACGCCGGACAAGGAAGCGGAGGAGGACCUACCUCGUUCAGAGAAGACGGCGGCGAUCUAAGACUAUUCCUAAACUCACGCCGGGAAAUCCUCGCGCAGAGCAGGUCGGCGGAAGCGUCAUCGGCCGGCGGUAGAGCGACGUCCAGCAACGCCGCCCACGACCACCACAGAAUGCCAGUCACCAUGACCAGUGACGACUACAGUGGCAACAAUAGCCGCCCGAGAGGCAAGGCAUGUGCACAGAUCUACAGACCCCCUCCAGCCCGCAGCACAAGGUUGGAUGCUGGCCCUGUGCAGCAACAGCAACUUUAUCAUCCUAAGCAGCAGCAGCAGCAGCACAAUCAUUAUUACCAACAUACACAGCACAGUCCACAGAAUAAUCAGUAUCCACAGCACCAAUACCCACUUCCCAAUAGGCAGAGAACGGACAGUGAGAGCAGUUACGUGAUGGGAGACCACCAGGGAGGGAAGGCAGGGAGGGGGCGUCGUCCAGACCAGAUGCUGUACGUUCCAAGGGGGAGGCGCAACAUGGAUUCAGGAUCCGUGCGCGGAACGCCUACCCCAAUGCAGGAUUAUGAACAGUCUCAGAGGGCCCCCUCACCCACCUUUUCCAUCUGUUCUGUUGUGUCAGAGUAUAGUGGCAGGAAUCGCUAUAGCAAGCAUGACAGCCGUCAUGGCAGUCAGAUUUCCAUCUAUGAUGGAGAUUUCGACAGAAUUAAAUCCAAGCCUCCUUUGUCAAAGGGAGAAUUCAGCAGAGAGUCAACCCCAGGAAACGGAAGACAGAAGGGUGGAAAUCGGUUCAACAGUCAGACUCUGCAGCUCAUUGAGAGGUGUUUGAACCAGGACUCAGAGCCCAGACUAAGUGAUAACCGCAACUGGGACAGUGACUCGGUGCAUAGCUCACCCGCCAAAAACAACAGAGGAGGCCGGGGAAGGAACCAGAAGAGCCCAACCCCAACUAGAGAUAUUCACAGUGUUCACAGUAAAGAGAAUGUCAUUCACCCGGUGGAGCCAAAUUCUCGCACAAGAAAAGGGCGAAGGAACCGGAGGCGAAAUUCCCGCAGCAGAGAACCUAGUGCUGAAAAGUAUAAUGACUCCACAGGCUCACCAGGUUGUAACUCAAAGAAUGGAGAUCCUUACAACAGCCCCCACAGUGAGAGAGGCUUUGGUAGCUGUGAACGAGUCUUUUACAACAGCAACUUCAACUCUCCCAAUGAGCGGUAUGACAGAGGAUACGAUAAUUAUGAUCGAUACAGUAGUAUUAACAAUAGCCGUGCUAGCAGUAGAAAUUCUAGCCGUGAGAGAACUCCUCAACAUGCUUCAUACCACACUAAUUGGAGAGGCGCCUCCAGCCCCUCAAGUCCUGCCAAAGGUUACCAAAGUAGAAACUCACCUGGUAAGCCACCUUCUGGGAGGUUAGGCUCACUGCCCAAUGUCACUCUUGACUACAGUGAGAACACAAGGAGAAGCCCAACUCCAAGCAAUGAAGAGAAUUAUAGAUAUCACACACUGCCAGUUAAACAUAAUCGAAACCCUUUGAUGGGAAGUCAUCGAGCAAACAGUAUUGAUAACUCAAGAAUAUCAGGUAUUCCUAAUUCCCACAGAUUAGAUCAAAGUUACCAUGAUGAACCAAGUUAUAGUAGUAUGGAAACAGUUGAUCAGGGACCAUCCUUAAUCAAUGGAGGAAGUGCUGAACAUAGAUUAGAAAACAUUAAUGAGAACCCUUCAUUUGACAGUUCCUACAGCUCUGAUCAGAAUAUCCAAAUGAGCAGAGUAGAGGAGAUGCAUGUGUGUGAAGAUAUUAGUCAGGGUUCAGCACAUGAUACCUCUAGUAAUGGGGAAGUUAUAGAGGCCAACCAAACCACACUGCCAUCUGAUCCAGCAGAAACUGAUUCCAAGAAUGGCCAGCCUUUGCAUAUAGUGGACAAUCAGUCAAAUGUUAAUGCAGUGUCUGAUGAACCCUCAAGCACAGCAGCUGGAUCCUCAGGGAAGGUAUACUUUGACCUUGGUGAUGAGGCAGAAGACCCCCCAGAAGCCUUAGCGAGGGAAGCAGUGGCCAUCGAAAAUGACACACAGAAUGACAUCCAGGCGGAAGCAAAGGAAGAAGCCAGUGAACAGGAGAAGGAAGAGAAGAAGAACUUGAAGAAAUUCUCCUUCAAUUGGGCAGAUGAAGUGGAAGACUCAUGGGACACCCUCUAUGAUGACAGUGGCGAGUGCCUCGAUCCUGAGAUUAAGCGCCAGCUCAGUGACUCCAUUGGUAAGGUGAAGCUGGUCAAGCCUUCAAAUGACUACUAUGACUACCAGCCCAAGGAGCCUCAGAUCAAUGAGGAUGAAUAUGCCCAUGUCAUUGAGAUCUAUGACUUCCCAGUUUCCUUUAAGACACAGGAUCUCAUGAUGAUCUUCAGCCCCUACCAGAACAAUGGCUUUGACAUCAAGUGGGUAGAUGACACCCAUGCCCUCGGGAUCUUUGCCACAGCUCUCAUUGCCAAGGAAGCCCUGAGUAUUGACCAUCCAUUCCUGAAGGCCCGCUCCUUGUCUUUAGCCACGGAAACCUCUCGGUCAAAGGCUAUGCGCAUCACAGAGGCCCUCUUGCCCUACAAACCUCGGCCAGCAACGUCAGCAGCCCUGGCGCGUAGACUGGUGUCGGGAGCCCUAGGGUUGAAGGUGAAUGUCCCUCAUGAAGUAAGGGAAGCAGAGCGGCAGAAACUCAAGGAUGCUAAAGCCCAGAAGAAGCUAGCGGCCAAGCAGAGAUCAGAUGCCUGGGAGGGCACUCUGACCUGAGUCGUGCACUCUGGCCAUUGAAGAACUGAUGUCAGGAAAAUUCCAGUGAAUUCUUGGGUGAAUUAAAGUCAUAGGUGGAACAGUGCGCAAUAUCUAUAAGGUCUCUUAGGUGUUGUUGGAAAGACAGUGAAAAUCUUUUCUUUUUUCUUUUUUUUUUCUGUCUAGAAGGAGCCAUGUGAUGAACAGCUCAUGCUAUGCUUGUGAUAGCUGAUGUGAAGUAUCAUUGGCACAAGUGAAUGAUAUUACUGAAAGAUAUAAAUGGUAACAAGUGUAGAAAUUGUUUCGAGGAGAGAGAAAUAAAAAAUACUAGAAUCUAAGGCUGAUGAACAGGAUACAAGUCCAUAGUUGAGUAGAGGUGCCCCCCCAAAGCUGCACCUUAUUUUGUCUAGAAUUAAUAGCAGCCAUGUAUUUUCAUGUCUGAGAUCUGUGUUAAUGGAAUAGAUUUAUAAGACCAGAAGAGAUAGACUGUACCAAGUUAUAUCUUUUAAGAUGCAUCAAGGGUUUGCUUUAUAAAGAGAGGGCUAAAGGGAGACUUUUUGAUCACCUUUGAAUCACAGUUUAUCAGAGAUUAUGAGAGUAGCAUAAAGGCAGGAAUACUGUAUGUCAAAGUAAACAGUUCCAGCCCAUAGAUGUAGUUAACAGCCAGUUAGCUACCUCAGCAGCUCAGUAUUGGACAUGGUCGACCAAGUGCGCCUGCUACCUCUAUUCUACUGGCUUAGCUAAAAGUGCUCCUUCUUGUUGUACGCCCAAGCUAGAUAAAGCAAGUGCCUCUGAGGGAUAACUUCCAGUAAUCAGUCAUCUCAGGUUUGUUGUGUAAGCUGUUACUUUUUCCCAGGGUUUAUAUAGGAAACUAUAGAUGAUUUUUUCAAUAAGUGCAAACAUAAAAAGGAACACACAUUUUUAUACAUACAUGCACAUGUUAUCAUACCCCAUCACAUACACCCAUGCUAUAAAGACACUACAGUCCAUGUAUACUUACAGAUAUAUAAUGUUUGUAUGUACAUCUUCAUUUAAAAGUAAUAUAUGCAUAUGUGUAUGAUUUUGAAUAUGCAUAUGUGUAUUGAUAGUUGUAAUGUCUACAAUGGCAUUUAUUGUUUUAAUGUUUGUAUGAUGUUGAUUAAUAGAUGUGUUGAUAAGCUGUGAAUAAUAACAUGUAGACAGGUUAAUGCAUGACAGAGUUUACCAUGUGUUUUAACGCUAUUAUGAAUCAUAGACAAAGGUAAUACUAUGUCUUACAGGUAAUACUAUGUCUUAUUUAUUUACUACCAUCCCAAAAACUGGAGUGUUUAACAGAAACACUAAUAGUCAUUUAUACCUACUUUUGGGGCAUUAUAAUGUUCUAGUUUUUGGAGAAAUAAAUCAUGUGAUUGUUGAGAUAUUGUCAGCUAAUUAGAAUAGGGUUUGCAAUAUAUCAGAUUGCCACUUACAGUGCCUGCUGUGAGGACGCUCAUCUGAACAUCUUGGUGACAAUCGACUUGUGAAAGCCAUACUUUUUAAGAUAAAUAAUGGAAUGGGAAUACAUGAAAUUUAUUCAGGCAGUGAAUACAGAAUUCUGUACAAUAAUUAUUUGACGUCGCAUUCGUUUAAGAAUUGCGAUCAUGAUGAGUUCAUGAUAGAAGACAUCAUGGGAUAUUUUAUUUUAUUUUAUGUUUUCUUUGACAAUGGGAUUUUGCUUGAGCAGAAAGUCAGCAUUGCAUGACAGAAGAAAUAAGUUGAUGAGCAGCAACCAUUUAUUUAGAAAUUGUGUUGUGAUCAGAUAAUCUAUAUUAUGUAAGUUUAUAGUGUCUGAAUGUAGCAGUUUUGAAAUGCAAUGUUUAAAGAAAAAGACGGUCUUUUUCAGAUGAUGAGAAAAAAAAGGAUCGUUUUCUACACAUACUGUAAGUCAACUAUGUGAAUGAUGUGAAUUUCGUAGUAUAUAUUUUUGUACAUCUUUCACAUAUGCUUUUUCUCCCUGAAACUUGUCAAUAAAUAUGUGAUUCCUAA